AGAGCCGUGCCGACAGCCCAACCAUCAGGAACGUUGUUUUUUUUCUAUCCAUCAACCCGUCCGAGACGAGUGUUCCGUCGUGUGUGAUCGACCGGUGAACGAAAAUUCGGUGAAGGUUUCUCCAUCCUCUCUGUCCUGCCUCCUUUCUUCUCCUCCGGUUCUCCAAAGAUUUCCGGUUCCGCGAAGUUUCGGCACAAGUUCGAGCGGGAAUCCAGUGAUAACCGAGAGUGAUAAGAGAGAGCUGGUGAACCGAAGAAUUCAAGUUCGAUACCGAGUGAAUUUCCAACCAAGAUGGGCUCGUCCGCGAUCGGUACGAUGGCAACUGUGGUCGCUGGCGUCACGCUGUUGGCUUUCGCCACCGUCGCUCACGCUGCUCUAGCUAGGACAGCGUUCGAGAAGCUGACAGACUACGAUUACCGCGGAACGACGUACUACAGCGUGAGGAACCUGUCUUUGUACGAGUGUCAGGGCUGGUGCCGCGAGGAGUCCGAGUGUCAGGCGGCGGCGUUCUCGUUCGUCGUAAAUCCUUUGGCGCCGAUGCAGGACACUCUGUGCCAGCUGCAGAACGAGACAGCGGCAACGAAUCCCGCCGCACAACCGCAGAGAGCUGCGAACAUGUACUACAUGACGAAGCUUCAGAUCAGAUCAGAGAACGUCUGUCUGCGACCAUGGUCCUUCGAACGUGUUCCAAACAAGAUGAUUCGUGGCCUGGACAAUGCUUUGAUCUAUACAUCGACGAAAGAGGCUUGUCUCGCGGCUUGUCUGAACGAACAUCGAUUCACCUGCCGCUCCGUCGAAUACAACUACGUGACUUUACAAUGUCAUUUGAGCGAUUCCGAUCGAAGAACGACCGGCCAGUAUGUGCAAUUUGUAGACGCCCAGGGCGUGGAUUAUUUCGAAAAUCUAUGCUUGAAAGGGAAAGAAGCGUGCAAGUCGCAGAGAAACUUUCAGAUGCCACGAAUCGGAGUGGCCGAUGAUAAGGUCGCGCAAUACGCGGGAUUACAUUAUUACACGGACAAAGAGCUGCAGGUUCAGAGCGAAUCCGCGUGUAGGUUGGCUUGCGAAAUUGAGAACGAGUUCCUCUGUAGAUCUUUCCUCUAUCGCGGUGCUCCUCAAGGAUCGGCAUACAAUUGUCAGUUAUUCCAUUUGGAUCACUGGACUCUUCCUGAUGGGCCUUCCACGUACCUCAAUGCGGAACGACCUCUGAUCGAUAACGGAGAAAGAGUUGGAACUUAUUUCGAGAAUUAUUGCGAAAAGGGUACAGGACCAUUAGCGGAUCCGCCAGUCGUUUUCGAGACCACGGAAGACCCCACUAUCAAUAACCUCACGAGAAACGACAUAAACUGCGAUAAAACUGGUACCUGUUACGACGUAUCGGUGGACUGUAAAGACACGCGAAUUGCCGUCCAAGUUCGUACGAACAAGCCGUUUAAUGGUCGUAUUUACGCUCUCGGCCGUUCGGAGACCUGCAACAUUGAUGUGAUUAAUAGCGAUCUCUUCAGGCUCGACCUGACCAUGAGUGGGCAGGACUGUAACACCCAGAGCGUGCGUGACGGUUUUCAGACUGGCAUCUACUCGAAUACGGUCGUCCUCCAGCAUCAUUCCGUGGUGAUGACCAAGGCGGACAAAAUUUACAAAGUGAAGUGCACUUACGACAUGUCCUCCAAAAAUAUCACAUUCGGGAUGAUGCCUAUCAGGGACCCGGAAAUGAUAAGUAUCACCAGCGCGCCGGAAGCCCCUCCACCAAGGAUUCGCAUUCUCGACAGCAGGUCCAGGGAAGUCGAGACUGUUCGUAUCGGAGACAAGCUAACAUUCAGAAUCGAAAUCCCGGAAGAUACUCCCUAUGGAAUUUUCGCAAGAAGUUGCGUCGCCAUGGCCAAAGACUCAAAAAGUACCUUCCAGAUCAUCGAUGACGAAGGAUGUCCAGUAGAUCCAUCCAUCUUUCCAAGCUUCACGCCCGACGGAAACGCUCUUCAAUCUGUCUACGAGGCAUUUAGAUUCACCGAGUCUUACGGUGUGAUCUUCCAGUGCAACGUCAAAUACUGUUUGGGACCGUGCGAACCGGCUGUCUGCGAAUGGGGACGAGAGUCGGUGGAAUCAUGGGGUAAGAGGCGUCGAAGAAGCAUCGCGAAUGCCACUGAGGAAAAAGCAGAGGACAUGACGUUGUCUCAGGAGAUCCUUGUUCUCGACUUUGGCGACGAGAAACAGUCAGACUUCUUGAAAAGUGACGCCAGUAUAGACUUCAACGAAGCCGAUAAAACGGUAACCAUAAUAGAACCCUGUCCAACGAAGACUUCGGUACUUAUUCUAGGAUUGACGUGCGCCCUGUUGGUUCUUAUUUACAUUUCCACGAUCUUUUGCUACUACAUGAAGAAAUGGCUGUCACCUCGCAAGAUGAUGCCCUGAAAAAUUCCCAUCUAGGCUGAGGACCCACCGAGAUGCUCAGGUGGUGACGAAAGAAGCGACGAGGAAAACUCCAGAUAAAGUGCAAAAUCACCUCGCGUAACGCGUCAUACGUGUUACCAGAUAGCAUGCGGUGAACCCGAUGGACACGUGUUCGUGUAGACGCAUGGAAAAUUUGCAGUUUAGCGCUGUCAUUCUCGAUAUUACUCACGGUUCGCGCCUCUCUCACAAAGCUAGCAGCCGUGCGGUAAAAACAUUCCUGUUUCCAUACGGGCUACGCGAACAUAUUUUUCAUUCGGACGACGCGGUUUCGGGUUUGUCGCGAUGCUUCGUUACUGUCGAGGACUUAUCAUUUACACAUUAGGCGAGAACAUGAUAUUCGAACGUUGCGUUUAACUUGUGAAACAAUUUAAUUAAUCGCAGUACAGAUGCCCCUUACUCUCAAAGCUUCCAAGCAUAAUUCACGAUGAAUAUAACGUUAGAAAGACGAGGCAAAAUUAAACAGAAGAGGAAAAACAAGGAGUAUCUCUAAAAAAAGAAAGCUAAAUCGAAGAUCUAUUAUUCGCCGUUAAAUCGAGGACUUGCACAUGGCGGAAGUCACAGGUCGGUUAUGCAACGCUCUGAAGAAAAUCAUUUCAUUGACGAUGUUAAAGCACACUCAUUAUAGAACACUUUAAAUAUAAUUUCACACGGACACGCGACAUUAAACGAUGUGGCGUGUGACGAGAAUCACGAGGCUCGCCGCUUGUGCAACGCCUCGAAAGGGGGAUUAGUUUUACAUACAGCUGAGGAUCGAUGUCGUAUACAACGACAGAGGUAGACACGUUGGUUUCAGAAUAUCUUACGGGACAAGCUCUACACUUACGCAUUUUACGUCUGACAUUCCACUCAUUUAUACAUAAUAUUUAUCAUACAUAUCGGAUCUUUUAGAUCGCAUGGGUCGAAGAUCGCAGGGAUCUUGCGUGCAAUAUUUCGUAGGGAGUCGCGGAACAUCCAUUUUCUCGACAACGAUGAAACUAUGGGAAGUAAAGGAAUCACGCCUCGCGUGGACGUCCCUCUGACGUCGUGUUCCUCGUAUCGAGAAAAGAAAUGAUACAUUUGAUCGAGGAUCGUCGAUCGGACGAAAAUUGUUCCCCGAUCCGCGAUUACUACGUUCUUUUCGCUAAGAACAACCAGGGACACCCUGACGACAAACGUUGUAAUAAGUACACUUUAUUUAAGGACAUCUUAGACACAGCUAACUGUCUUAUCUCUUAAGGGCUACUUCUGAUCGGGUUGCAAGGGAAAUAAGGUGUAACGAGCGACAAUUCUUUCCCCCUUCGUUGCUCGAUACAAUCUCUGUGAACUUUUCAGGUUGUUGCCGAACGAGAUAGGUUUCUCCUCGAUCAAAUAUCGUUCGGCACAGCCUUAGCCACAUUUUAUAUCCCACGGAAAUCUACUUAUAACCCGUAUCAAGACUAGCGAUAUUUAAAGGUUCACGCUUCACUAACGUUUCUAACGAUACAACUAGCGUUUAAGGUAGAAAAUAAACGAAGCAUGUAAGCAUAGGUAGAAGCAAGAACAAAAGAACGAACGAGAAAGAGCAUUUUUCAUCACGAUUAAUAGAUACGCCGUUGAAGUCAUGCUGGCGCCUUUAUCGACCGCUCAGAACUAUCUUCCCUGUUUUUAUGUAAUCAACUAUCAGGAUCUUUGAAAAAUUACAGUUACCGUGGCAGUACAAAAAGACGAACGGUAAAUUAAACGUCCCCAAUAAUUGGAAGAUUAAUGCACGAAGUCUAGCAUGAACUCCGAUCAUGAAAUUGAAUUUGAUGAAAAUGUUGAUCGCUCGAAACGAACUGCGAGAAAAGCCGAGCUUUCGGGAUUAUUAGGUGCAGAUACUUUGAUCCUCGAUAUCGAAUCACGGAUAUUUCAAUACCGAAUCGCGCUAAAUUUCCAUUCCAUCGUAGUUAUAGGUCGUUGAAGCAAAUGACACCAUCAUCCCAAAAUGACAGAUACAAGUAAAUCGUUUUAAUGAAAAUUUUGUGUAGGAUCGUAUGUUGAAACGUAUUUUUAAUAAAGCCCAAAUGAUCCAUAUCUUACGUAAUUCACGCGUAUGAGGAAUUAUAUAUCAAUCAUAAAGUGCAUGAAAUAUGAGCGACAUUGAUCAUACUUCGGUAUAAAUUGCAUCAAAUAUUCUCGAAGCAUUGCUUCAGAGGAUCGAAAAAGAAGAGGGAAGGGACAAUAGACUCGCAACAAUUGCAAGCAGGCAUCCAUAAACUUUCUCCGUAUGUCAUUCUUAAUUGUUCCUGACUUCGUUUAUCGGCGUGAUGAUUAAAGCGGAUUUUAAAAAGGGUCGAAUCUCAAGGGUAGAAAUGGAAAAAUACAAAUGUAUAUAUUAUUGGAUCGUAAUAGGUAUUGAGAUGAAGAAGACAUACAUACACGCAUCAAUAUCACAUGUAUUUGUACUCUAUUUAUGUACGCGAAUGUUCUAAUAAUUAAACGAAGAUCAAUUUCCAAAA